AUGGCGGAGAUAGCGAAGGUGCUGUAUAUAGUGGUGGUCGAUGAGGAGGAGGGAAGAGACAAGGGGAGAGGCUCGUUUCGGUACACGCGUCCGGUUCUGCAGAGCACUCUGCAGCUCAUGGGAUGUAAAGCUCGCCAUGCUUUCAAGAUAAGCAGAAGGGUUGUAGAAAUUAUAAGAAAUGCACCUUCAAUUGAUACUGGAAUCUUAAAAGAAGACAAGGCAGGCCUUGAUGCUUCGAAACAAAAUUUAGAGAAGAGCGAUGGUUUGGGGACCUUUCCUUCUGAGAAAAAUGGCAAAGGUAGAAGCGUGCCAUUUGAACUGUACAAGCGGCGUACAACCUUGGUUGUUAGAAGAGAAACUUUCUUAGAUGUUGUUUGUGAAGCUCUGGCUGAAUACAAGUAUGUGGGUCCUAACCAGAGGGCAGACCUGGUUUUGGCGUGCAGAAUUCGAGAAAAGAAGGAGUCUGUAACUGUGCUGUUGUGUGGCACCAGUGGAUGUGGCAAAUCUACCUUGUCUGCAUUGCUGGGUAGCAGAUUGGGGAUUACCACCGUUGUAUCAACAGACUCAAUUCGUCACAUGAUGAGGAGUUUUGUGGAUGAAAAGGAAAAUCCACUUCUUUGGGCAUCAACUUAUCAUGCAGGAGAGUAUUUGGAUCCUGAGGCUGUUGCUGAAGCAACGGCUAGGAGAAGAGAGAAAAAAUUAGCUAGCAUUGCAAAAGCACGUCCCAAGGAAGAACUAGCUGAUGGUUCUACUGCAGGAAAACAUGAUACUAGUCAAGUCCCAGAAGGGGUGAUUAGCCCAAAACAAAUGGCUAUUGAAGGCUUCAAAGCACAAAGUGAAAUGGUGAUUGACAGUCUCGAUCGCUUGAUAACUUCAUGGGAAGACAGGAAGGAAUCCGUGGUUGUCGAGGGAGUACACUUGAGCCUGAAUUUUGUGAUGGGGCUUAUGAAGAAACAUCCUUCAAUCAUCCCGUUCAUGAUAUACAUCACAAAUGAAGAUAAACACUUGGAGAGGUUCGCCGUUCGUGCAAAGUACAUGACAUUGGACCCUGCUAAGAACAAGUAUGUAAAGUACAUCAGAAACAUCAGGACAAUCCAGGAUUACCUCACCAAGCGAGCUGACAAACACCUCGUCCCGAAAAUAAACAACACGAAUGUCGAUAAGAGUGUGGCUGCAAUCCAUGCGACAGUUUUUGGAUGCCUUAGAAGACGCGAAGCAGGGGAACAGCCAUAUGAUCCAUCUACUAAUACGGUUACAGUUAUUGAUGAGGAGUACAGGAACCAAUGUGCUGCAAACUCACUGAGCUCGAAGGGAAUGUUUCAGCUUAUUCAGAGGCAGGGUUCUUCCAGACAUCUGAUGGCGCUUCUUAACACCGACGGGUCAGUAGCAAAGGCUUGGCCUGUAGGUCCAGUGGAUAAAAACGGCAAGCCUCUUGUAGGCAACGGGGCUGAAAACGGGAUAGGUACCCCUAUGUAUGGUCCGUUGCAAAUUGGGAAGGCUGAACCUGUGAACUUGCAGUUUGGCCACUUUGGGAUCAGCGCUUGGCCCAGUGAUGGUGGGACGAGCCAUGCAGGUAGUAUGGAUGAUUUAAGGGCUGAUGGGACUGACACAGGAAGCAAAUACCAUUCUUCGUGUUGCAGCUCGCCAAGGACAUCGGAUGGACCAGCCAAGGAGCUCAAGGAGGAGAAUUCAGUGCAUGGCAGCGAUGAAGAAGUGGACGAUGAUGUUCCAGAAGUCGAUAGUGAUGAAGACCUUAGUGAUGACGGCGACAAACUUGAUCAGGAAGAGAUUGGUUCAGUGGAUGAAGAGUCGACAAAGUCAGACGAGGAGUACGACGACCUGGCAAUGGAAGACAUGCAAGAGAACGGGUACAGGACAGACGACGAGGAAGAGUGGGAGGAUAAGGUAGAGCCAAUCGACGGGCCAAAGGCAGACAAGUACCGACAGAACCUGGACCGCUUCCUCCAGAGUAGGAGCGAGCGGUUGGGCGAGCCAUUGUGCUCUUACUCUUCCCUCAUGGGAGAGAACAGCAGCGGAAGAGAGGUGCUGAAACCAAGAAGACGGCGUUCUCUCAGCAUUUCGGCCCUCGGGAAGCAUGGGGCCGAGGCGGUCAAUGGCGCCAUUUUGUCUGGGACUCCCCUGAGCUAG